AUGCCGGACACUUCGUCAAAACUAGCUAACUAUGCUUUGCUUUUUAUCGCAUUUCUUACUUUUACCACGCAGAAUAUCCACGCUACAUAUGGUAAAAAUGAUCCCCAUCGUUGCCUAACUCUCCUGAAUAAUGGAACGUGGUCGCCUUUGGCUCCGGACGGCUCGAGACGAUGGGAACCAAAAGAUUGUCGUAUGGUUGAGCAUACUGCAGAUUUUCUUCACGGAUGCCUCAAUGAUCGAAAAGUUGUCUUCAUCGGCGAUUCUACAAUCCGCCAGCUUUUCUGGGCUGCUACUAAGCAAGUUGCUCACCGCAAGUCCGAAACCAGGAUAAAACGCCUACUUCAAUCGAACGGCAAGCAUCACGAUAUCUCGUUUCGGGCUGAUAAUGUCCAACUGGAAUUUAUCUGGGAUCCCUGGCUAAACUCUACCGUCCUGCACGAUGUACUCAAGAGCUUUCACGCUUUAUCUACAUCCCUAGAUGUGGAAGCCAUUGUGGGGAUGGAUGAAUUGUCACCUAUGCUCGUUAUCUUGGGUGCUCCUGGACUCUGGGCUGCUCGAUACGGCGGAGAUGACUAUCUGAACCUGUUUAAGCGCGCGGUCACCGGCGUCGUGCCGUACUUAUCACCUAGCCUUGAUAACAACAUAUCACUAGCAAUGGAAACGACUCGUGGCCCCGACGAUAUUCCAAACCGGAUUUUUCUAACACCAGUAGGGAUCCCAGAUUACAGCAACCUAGCUCCGAAUCGGUCUAAGAGCAUUACGCCGGAGCGGAUUGAGACCAUGAAUAACUAUCUCUCACAAGUCUUCCCGAAUAAUCUGUCGUAUAUUCCUUGGGUAUACAACCGAAUUCCCACCUUGUCUAAAAGGGAUUUCGAUAUAGACGGCUUGCAUGCGUCAGACAGUAUGGCAGCACUUAAACUAAACAUUGCUUUUAACGCACUUUGCAACCCAGCAGCAAGCGCCCGCUCACGCUCUUUCAAAGGCACAUGCUGCGCCGUUACUCCGCCGAACUAUGCUGCUUUGAUAGUCUUCGUUUUAUUUGGAACUUCAGCGGGGUUCGUCGCUGGUGCGCGCCGUCACUUGGAGACCGCAGGUAGCUCAGGAGUCGUUCAAUUCACCGAAAUCCUUAAAAACGUUCUUGCUACCCUCCUAUGGUGUUGGUACGCCGAUGGGACUUACUACUUAAUAAGAGCUGAACGCCAUUAUGAGCAAAACGCUUUCGUCGCGGCUUGUCUUAUAUGGCUAGUGGUCAGUGUAUUGUCAUCAAGGAAAGCCCCCCAGCAGACAGAUGGUCUUUCAUCGUCCAAACGCGAUGCUCGAUACUAUCGUGGUCCAGGAUAUCUAUCGCGGAAUCAGUCUAACGAGAUCAAAGGCUUAAUGCAAGGGAUUAUCUUGCUCUAUCACUAUCACUAUGCAUCUCAGGCUCUUUGGGUGUAUAAGAUCAUCCGACUAUUUAUCUCCGGAUACCUCUACAUAUCCGGCUACGCUCACACGCUAUAUCUUCUCGAAACGAACGACUUUUCUUUGAAUCGCGUCAUGGAGAUUCUAUGCCGUUUGAACUUUCUGAGUGUCUUCCUAUCGUACGUAAUGAGGACAACAUAUACGUCGUAUUAUUUUGCCCCCGUUGUCACGUUCUGGUAUCUUGUUUUAUACGCGAUGCUUCGUUUUUUCAAAAGCUACAAUCGCGAUCUGCGUUGGUUACUUUUGAAAAUAGCGAUAACAAUUAGACUGACCAAUAUCUUUAUACUUUCCCCUGGCAUUCUUGAAACUGUUACCGGAUUCAUACAUGAUGUCUUCUACAUAUCCAUAGAUGUGGAAGAAAUGCGUUUUAGGCUGCGUCUAGACCGCUACAUUACAUUCAUCGGGAUUAUUGUAGCGGCUCUUACCCAUCGCGCCUCUAUUCGCAGAGAGCGAAAUUUCCUUCAAUUCGGCUGGGUUGGAGCGAUCUUCACUCUAAGAUUCACACUAUGGCUAGCUAUCGUCUGUGUAGGGAGCACUAUAACAUUCUUCUACGUCACCCAAACUUAUCUGCAAGAGAAGCAGGCAUACAAUCAAAUUCACCCGUUCAUAUCCUGGAUCCCGAUACUAUCUUUUAUAGUGCUCAGAAACUCUCAUCGCAUGUUAAGAGAUAGGUGUCUUUACUUACCCAACCUCCUCGGCCGUAUCUCGCUAGAAACAUACAUCUUACAGUAUCACAUUUGGCUUGGCGGGGAUGCUACAGCAAAGCUUUUCAUAGGAUAUUGGGAAGGCCGCUAG